AUGUAUCUUUUAUACACUAUUCUUGCAGCUUUGUUGUGCUUCCUGGUCUUAAAAUGGACGAAGAGAAGGCGCUACUGCAUGGACGUGAAAAGACUCGAUGGAAAAACGGUUCUUAUCACUGGAGGGAAUUCGGGGAUCGGAAAAGAGACGGCCGUAGCCCUGGCCAUGAGAGGGGCUCGUGUUAUCAUCGCCUGUCGAGACGAAGAGAGAGCAGCGAAAGCCGUGCGCGAGAUCAAGGCCAGGAGUCAUAACAUGAACGUCCUUCACAUGGAUUUAGAUCUGGCCAAUGUGCGAUCCGUGCGAGACUUCUGCAAGAGUUUCUUACAGAGGGAGAAGAGAUUGGACAUUCUGAUCAAUAACGCAGGCAUGCCCAGUGUUCUAGACUGGACCGAUGAUCAUUUCAGCAUGUGUUUUGGGGUGAACCAUCUGGGUCACUUCCUGCUCACCAACCUGUUGCUGGGCAGACUCCAGGAGAGCGCCCCCAGCAGGGUGAUCACGUUAACGUGCUCCCUCUACAAAUACCAGAAGCUGGACUUCCAGGACCUGAACUACAACCUCCUGCCCUUUUUCACCUACUGUCGCAGUAAACUGGCUAACAUCUACUUCACCCAGGAGCUGGCCCGCCUGACGGAGGGAAAAGGGGUGACUGCGUACGCGGUGCAUCCAGGCUACGUUCAGAGCAACUGGACCUGUCACUAUUCCGUCCUGUUCCGGAUUCUGAUGCGGGUGAUCAUGUUCAUGUUUUUUGUGUCGUGCGAGCUGGGAGCGCAGACGGUCGUUCACUGCGCCGUGACAGACGAGGUUACUCAACACAACGGCGGCUACUUCAGCGACUGCCGACCCGCAGCCCUCCGACCGUUCGCCGAAGACGCUGGAGUCGCCAAGAAACUGUGGGAGGCUAGUGAACGGCUGGUGAAACUGGCCUGA